AUGAGUGGGCGAGACAAAGGCAAAGCAAAGUCUUUGCCUACAGAUUCGGGUCAUCGUCAUCCUCACGAUAGAGGAGUGACAAUCUCAUUGAGGAAGGCUAGAGAGUUGCUUUUCAGGAGCACUCAGUCUUCAUCAGGUGCGGAAACGGAGGAAGUACCAGAGAUUCCUCCUUUAUCCGUUGCAUUGCCUACUCCUAUUAUGGACAUUGAGGCAUGGAGACCUCACUCACCUUGGAGAGGCAACCCGAUGGCGGCGAACGAUCAGGAGGCCGGUACUUAUUACGAUAGUCAGCCGGAGCAUCCAUCAACGGACGCAGAGGAAGGUCGUCCGUCUCGGGGAUGCAAACCACGUACCUCUCGUGGUCGUUUUGCACGUUCUUCAGAUGGAGCAUCGUGCAAUGCUGAGGGAUCCGGGAGUAGUAGGUUGGGCAAGAGGAAGGGGACGGAGGAGGACACUUCAUGGCUAGUACGUGACGCUAGGCCAGCCGUUGAUCUGUGCGUUUGUCGAGAGGUGGCAGCCCGAUACAAACUCUUUCCACCUCCCUUUUGGAGAGAUGAGUAUCUUGCUACACGAUGUCAGUUCUAUCCUCCAUAUCCCAUCAGAUGGAUGGAUUACAGAGAGAUGUUCUGCUCCGGAUCGGAGUCCGACCCACUAGUUUCGAGGUUAUUGACCCUCCUUGGUGCCACUCUAUUCGUUGAUAAGAGUGGUAACCGAGUUCGUCCUUUGCCACUGUCGUUUUUGUCUUGUAGCCCACAGGAUGUGAGGCGGUAUUCUUGGGGUGCGGCUACACUAGCCUAUUUAUACAGGCAGCUUGGCAUAGCUAGUCGUGCUGAUUCAGCCCAGAUUUGUGGUUGCCUCACGCUAUUGCAGGCAUGGAUUUACGAGUAUUUUCCCAUGUUUCGGCCUAACCGCACUAGGAGGAUGGUUCCUAGAGGAUCUGCUUCGGCACUUUGUUGGGAGGUUCGGCAUGAGAACAGGGGGAUUGACCGUCUACUGAGUAUUCGACAGGCAUUGGAUCAGACGAACGCCAUGCAGCCUGAUUGGUUACCUUAUGGUAUAUGUCCGGUAUCUGCUUAUCCUCGUAGCACGUACUACGGGUGGCUGCGAUACUUGGAUAUCGUUGAGCCGUAUAUGCCAGACCGUACUUUACGUCAGCUUGGAUACAUUCAGGAGGUUCCCCAUCAUAUUUUGGAGCCGGAGUCUUGCUAUAGGCCUUCUGCUAGGGAUAGGUACAGGGUAGACUUCUCAUUUAUAGCACAGCGACAGACAUGGGAUUUAUUUCCACGUGCUUCACAUCUUAUGUUGGGUGGUCUGCAUAAGGCCCCACUUUCUUCGAUGGCGACAGAUGCUUACUUGCAGUGGUAUGAUGCGUACUCCCAUCGUUACAUCAUUAACCCGACUAAGUUGCCAGAUGGUGGAGUCGGAUCAUAUUAUGUUGAGGGUUUGGUUCCAGAUCAGGUAUUAGCUUCGAUGUUCGGUAUGAUGGACCCGUUUCUUGAACGGGACACCAGUGAUCUGCCCGAUGAUUUUCGAGCAUUAUUUGAGGGACUGUUUGGGUGGUAUGAGGCAUGGAACCUUACCCGUGGUGUGGAUCGACGUCGGAGAAUGUAGUCAUAUUUUGUGUUUUAUUUGAACUUAUUUUCGAUGUAAUGAGAUUUGUAUUUGAGUAUUUAUUUUUUUUUUCGGCUAUAGUGUAACGAUUUUAUAUGAGUAUUUAUUGUUUUUCAGCUAUUUGAGCAUUUAGCCGAGCUUAUUGAAAACAUAUUUGAGUAUUUUUUGUUCUUUUGUUCGUAUACGUGAAAACUAUUUAUUGAAAACAUAUCAUUCCUUCAACACUAUUUAUUAAUGUAAUCACUAACAUACGUGAAAACUAUCCUUUCAUUUAAUAGUAGGUAUGUACAAUGUUAAUUACAAUAAUAUGAACUUACAGCUAACUCUAAUAUUCAUUACAAUAACAAUU